AUGAUUCCAUGUAACAUUGAUUUUUGUCCCUUUAUACGCCAUGUUUUUUUUUUCUCUCAGUUUAAUUAUGAUACGCUUUUAGGUUUUAUUUCGAAUUUCUCUCCUUCUGUAAUUUUUCUUUCUUUCUAUCUGGAAUUGCCUUCUCGCACACAUUUUCUAUAUCUCUUUUUCAAUAAUUUGAGUUUCGAUGUUUCUUGCCUUAACUCUUUCCUUUUCUUUUUUAAUCUCUCUUUUUCUCUUCUUCGUCCUUUUGAUUUUAUUUCCGCUUUCUCUCUUACUCCCACAAAUUCUGUUCUAUCUAUCUAUUCCAAUCUGUUCAAUCUAUCUAUGUAUCUAUCUAUUAUCUGUUCAUAUUUCUAUCUAUCUAUCAUAUCUAUCUAUCUAAUUCAUCUAUCUAUUCCAUCUAUCUAUGUAUCUAUCUAUUCUAUCUAUCUAUCUAUUAUAUAUCUAUCUAUCUAUGUCAUAUCAUAUAUCUAUUAUCUAUCAUAUCUAUCUAUCUAUCUAUCUCUCUAUCUAUCUAUCUAUCUAUCUAUUCACUCCAAGGUCUAUCUAUUCUAUCUAUCUAUUUAUCUAUCUAUUCCUCUGUUCAUAUUAUCUAUGUAUCUAUAUCUAUUUCUCUAUCUAUUUCUAUAUCUAUCUAUUCCACUCUGUUUUUCUAUCUAUCUUAUCUAUUCCCUCUUUUCAUAUCUAUCUAUGUAUCUAUCUAUUCCACUCUGUUCUAUAUAUCUAUCUAUUCCUCUGUUAUAUAUCUAUGUAUCUAUCUAUUCCACUUUGUUCAUAUCUAUCUAUCUAUCUAUUGUCUGUUCUAUCUAUCUAUCUGACAGAGAAUACAUGCUAGUGGGGAAGGCGUGUUUUCUUCCUUUCCCCAGAGACGAACAACUACUACCCCAGCUGACCUUUAAACUGAUUAACUCUUUGUGCCUCGGUCACGUAUAA